CGAGGCGAGGGGGAGGGCACGAGAAGACGCGCGCGCGAGGAGAGAGAGAGAGAGAACCGUCGGCGCGCACAAUUAAAAACCGAGCCGCGGCGUGGUGAGCGUGGGCUAUGCGCGCAACACCGCGGGAGCGCAGCGCACACGGGAGGUGAACGCUCGCGGAGAGGCUUCGGACGCACAGCAGCCUCCUUCUUCCCACGAGUCCCCCCGCAGCCGGGAGGAGAGCGCCGGGAUAAAGGGAGACGCGGAGACGCGGCGGAGAGAGUCCUGCUCGGCGGCUUGUUUUCCGGCGGGAAGAAAAAAUGAACGUCAGCGAAGAGAACCUGCUCAAGUCCAUCAGCAACGACGCGCUCCUCGACCUGACGCAGCGCUACGGGCAGUCGGCGUUCGGAUUCGGCCCGGGCCACGGUCCCGGGAGCCCCGCGCGGUUCCCGCUCACGCCGGCCACCGAUUUCCUCUCCGGGCAGAAGGCGAAGUCCAACGAGAGCGGCGGGGAGCACACCAGCGACGACGAGGACGGCUUCGACUCGCUCGAGUCCCGGAAGAGAGGCUCGCCGUUCGGGGACGACAAGCCCGGGGGGCCCCUGGCCAAGAAGUCCAAGGAGCAGCGGUCCCUGCGGCUCAGCAUCAACGCCCGGGAGCGCAGGAGGAUGCACGACCUGAACGACGCGCUGGACGGCCUGCGCUCCGUUAUCCCGUACGCGCACAGCCCCUCGGUGAGAAAACUCUCCAAAAUUGCCACCCUCCUCCUGGCCAAGAACUACAUCCUGAUGCAGGCUCAGGCUCUGGAGGAGAUGAGGCGGCUGGGUGGCGUACCUGAACCAGGGGCAGGGGCAUGACCUCGCCCAUCCCCCGCCGCCCUGGCGCCCUUUGGACAGGCGGCCGUGUACCCGUUCUCGGGCUCCGCGCUCGCCACCUGCGCCGAAAAGUGCACCACUUACUCCGGGACACCGGCGAGUCUCUUCAAACACUGCAACGACAAGCCGUGACGGGGUUUUCAUCCUCUCUCCCGAACUUUUACCCAACCAUGUCGAUAUCUCUCUCUCUCUCUCUCUCUCUCUCUCUUUCUCCUCCUCUAGUUGUUUAAAAACAAAAUCAUUCCUUGGAAAAUAAAACCAGUUUAUGUCUGAAGGAUAAUGUUAAAAAUAUGGUUCAUUAUUAUACUUUUCAUGGAGAUUUGACAAAACGACACAUAUAAAAUAAAACACGUUGGGCCUUAAGAUGGAGUCACGUUGGAGACACUAAACGGGCCAUGUCCAAAUUAUGACUUCGGGUACAUUUGUGCAGGAUUAAGUUAUCUGAUCUUAUUUGUGAUCUAUGCAACAUUCAACAACAACAACAACAACAUUAAACGUAGAAACGAUCUUAUCUCCGCUUUCCAAACUACAACAGCGAAAGGACCCUCGACUGACUGAUGAUGUGCGUGAGGAAUGAUGCGUGAUGUUGGCUAAUAUAUUUUCUAAAAGGAUGUGUUGAAAAUUGUUUUGUUUUUUUUAUUAUUAUAAUUAUGAUCAUUACCAUUUUUAAGUUAUUGCACAUCUCACAUGAUUGUAUUGUACAACUAUUGUGGAAAAAUCUCGUGCUCCGAGCCCGGCUGUACUCCUGCUUAUAUAACUGCAGCCUUUAUUGAAGCGGCGUCUCUGGUUGUGUUGCAACAUGGAUUUCAUAUAUUGUUUAUAUGUCUUUAUAAUUAAAAACACAUAUCUAUGAUUGAA